AUGUGGCGCUCUAUUUGGAGUGUUCGUGGCCCUCCCAAGCUACAACAUUUUCUUUGGAGUGCGGUUAAAGGGAACUUUCCUGUAAAAGAUAGACUGGCUUACAGACAUAUCACACACGAUGCUUCCUGUCAGGUGUGUGGGGUGGAAAGGGAGACUAUUUUUCAUGCUCUGUUGGAGUGCAACGCUGUAAUAAGUUUUAUAGGAGAUGCUGUAAGGACAUUUGCUACUCUAAUGUGGGCUGGUUGGAGGUGUCGAAACUUAGCAAUUUUUGAGAAUGAGCAUCCUAGCUUUGUGAUGGUUGUUGCUGGGUUUCUCAGGAUGGUUUUGGACUAUAACUCUUACGCCCAGAAGGUUUUUAUAGCUGCUGCUGCUGGGGUUACUACUGCUCUCAGGUCUGAUGGAUGGAAAUGCCCUCCCAUGGGCUGCAUCAAGGUUAAUACAGAUGCCCAUAUUCCUGCUGGGGGUAUGGCUAGCUUAGGGGUGGUGUUUAGGGAUGUUACAGGUGUUGUCUUUGCUGCUGCUACACGAAAAGCUCACACAAAGGUGCCAUAA